AUGGCCCAAGCCCUAGGCUCAACCGCCGAAGACUUCCAGCGCGUGGUAGUUCUGUAUGAAGGAGAGUCUGACGCCGCGGCAACGACUAGGACCGUUCGCAUCAUUGACGAACAUGUCGAUGAUGAUGAUAAUGGCGGCACGUCCAGCAACCAAAGGCAGGGCACUACCCAAAACGCCAAGCAUAUCGAGGGGAUCAGCAGAACAAUGUCCCUCAAGAUGGUGCGAGAGUGGAUCAAUCAGAGGGCAGAGAAGUCGGCAAUGACUGAUGUCGUGCCCAAAUACUACUGCUUUAACAGCGGCAGCACCAUUUUGCAUCCCGACAAAGAAUACAUGACGCUUGGAGAAUACCUGCGUCAGGAAGCUUGGUAUCCCCUUGAGCAGAUCGGCGAUCUAUUCAGCCCAAAUCCAACUAAAAUAACCGCCGUCAUUCGAAUCGCUCCGACGAUCGUCAUUUCGAUCCCCAACACAAUCGAGCUGCGCUCCCCCAGGGAUGCCACGUGGCCGAUUCCUAUUAUAUACGCUUCAAGACACAGCGUCCCUGUCGAGGCAAACGAAGCGAUCCAGUCAGCCACGCCGCUCUCGCAGCACCAGCAUUCGUACCGAGACACCAAAGAGCGAUUCGUCGAUCUCGUUCUGCGAAAGAGCGAUACAUUCUUUGCAUUCAAAAUCGGCCAACGCCGGUCGCUGUUUGUUUUUGAUCCCGACGCCACCAUCAACCAGAUCUGGGAUGAGAUCCUCAACUUUUACGGCCUUGGUGAUCGCGAGCCCAGGUCCAUCUGGAACGAAAUCUUCUAUUCCGGAAAACGUACUGAUUUUGAUAGUGACGAACAGCUCAUAGAGGACUUUUUGGCAAAGAAGUACCAGUCGCUGGAUCAGCUUCGUUUCGUCCCCGAUCAUUCUGACCGUGGCUGGACAUUUUCUCAAAUACUGGGAUUCUCUCCGACCUUCCAAAGCCAAAUCGUCGGCAGUGAUAUCAACAUUAGAAACGGAAUCAUCCACAUGCAGUGGAAUUGCGAUGAGACACGUCCACCAACCGGCCCCAAGUCACUCACAUUACAACUCGAAAUCGUCCAUGUGGAGCCAAUCGAGUCCAAAGUCGAUGAGGAAUUGCUCCAAAAGCUUGCGGAUCAGUUUGAAGACGGUCGACUGAACCAGAGUCAAGGGCGCCUCACAGCAGCCAGUGGGUUUCUCGACAAGGUGUCGGAAAGCCUGGACGACCUCCAAGGCAAGAAGGAAGGCGUCAGCAACGCUGUUGAAAACUUGGGGAAGCUGUUCUCCAGCAGCAGCAUCAAGCAGCUUUCGGAUUUUCUCGAUCAUCUCGAGAUUCUACCAUUAAUCAACAACGCCAUCAAAGUCCUCAGGUAUGUCGCAACCCACAUCGCAAUGAUAGCGGAAAACCAAAGCGAGAUUCGCGAACUUGGGGAAUCGGUUGAGAAUCUGAAGUGUGCCCUUGAGUACCGACACAAGGCAUACUUCUCGGAGGCAGCGCGAUAUGUGAUCGAGGAUUCUACAUACGAAGAGAGAAUGAAGGAGGCAGUUAAGAGGGCGGUCUGUACCCUCCAAAACUAUGUACGGUUGCAGCUGGAAUACAAAAAAGCGCCCAAAAUCGAAAAGGCGCUUCGGGCCCAGUACUUCAAAAAUCAAAUCGGAAGCCACAAAGGAGAGGUUUUGAAUGCCUCCAUGGCCCUGCUUCUCAAGGAUCCGAUCCACAUCGCCAUCGACAUAUCCGUGUUCCUGAACAAUCUCCAGAGUGUCGACGGGCAGCGAUUCUGGCGAGAGUACAACCUUCGACGCGAGAUUGAUGUCCGGUUCUUCAAGAGGGCACUCGGAAAAUACCUGGGAGAGUCGGAUGUCGAUAAAACCAAGCUAGACAAAAUAGUCCGAAAGAUCGACGAGAGUGCUGACGGGUUGAUUUCGAUCUCAGAAUUCGAUCGAUGGCUGGGCAAGAAGUCAGUUCUGGAGGCAUAUCAAGGAGUCCAGGCCGCGGCCAAGAUGAAGCCAUCAGAAGGAGCAGCAAGCGACCGUGAAAUCCAAGACGGAGACUACAGCAAAUAUUCUAUCCUACUUGAUCGUCCUCCAAGCAUGACCGACGAUAUUUUGGGCCAUCUCAACGCGCGCUUCCAGGAUUCACGGAGUCCAAUUGUCCGGAAGAUAUGUGAAUGGGUCGAGCAGGUAGACCAUAAUGCUACCAAAUCCAUUAUACUUACGGCGAAGCCUGGGUACGGCAAAUCUAUAAUGGCAGCGAUGGCACAUUCGGUCCUCAAAGAUAGCGACAAGAUCCUCGCAUCUUCAUUUUUCCUCAGAGCCGACAAGCCAACAAGGGUUGAGGUUGUCACAAGUUUAAUGGAGCAAAUGGUCAAGCGGAACUUCAUCUUGAGAAAGCACAUGCUCCUCUAUUUGAUCAAGUCGAUCGCAUCCGAAGAUGACCAAGGCGAUGAAGAGUCCUCGCAGGACAAUACAAGGAAACUGAAUGGAGAGAAGAGCACUCAAACGGCCGGAGAUCAGUCGGAAGCCAACAAAGCACAGCCAAGCCCCAACAACGAACAGCCAAGUCUCAAGAAUCAAUCCACUCCGGCUAAAGAGGAUGGAGGCGACAGUGGCGACAUCCAGUCCUCAAAGGAUACAUCUGCCUCAAAUCGCACACGGGUCGUGGUUGUCACAACAACACGCGAAGAGGGAUUGAUUUACGGAGAAUUGAAAUCGAUUAUGCCACUGCAGAUGGUGCCGCUUGAUUUCAGGAAUGAAAAUCCGACAGGCCUAUUGAUAGCAAGUGAAAGCGGUGAUCAAAAGACGAACCUCCCUUCCCCAUUCAAAUCCCAAGAAAUUCACGAUUCCAAUCAAAGUGACUUGAUCGCGUACACCAAAUAUUUGGCUGCCCAGAUGGGACUCGAUAUCGCUUCUGACAUUGCCGAGGACCUGGCAUCCAUGUCAAAUGGAUUGCUGUUGUGGGUCAAGCUGGCGAUGGCAAAGCUACGCGAGGACAUCAUUGGCUCGGGGUCGAAGUCCGUAUCCGCCGUGGACAUCAAAGGCAUUCCCCUUCAAUUGAGUGAUGUCUAUAAGCAUCUUCUGGACAGGUCGGUAGCAAGGUUGAAGGAUACGACAAAGGUCGACUUUGAGAACACGAUAACCACUAUAUUGAUCGCGUACGAGCCACUCAGUACACGCGAUCUGUUUUACUUGUUUUUCUAUGAAAUUGGCAUCGAAGCCGAUGACGGAUCGGCUCAAUCCUCGAAUCAUGAGAGCGACUCGACUGGAAGCGAUGCUUCCAAGGUCGACCUUCUUGCAUCUCCAGCUAGAGCAAACCAAAAGACUCUCAUGAGACUCCAGGUAUUCCUUCAAGAUCUCAAAUGUGCCAUCUCCCGCCGAGGUCCGUUCCAGGAGGUGACCGAAGAGCCUAUAACCGACGAUGAUUUGGAGGAAGUUUUCCGAUGGCUUGACGAAACAGCCGACUCUGGAGCGAGUGGUACGCUCCACGACAAGGGUUGGAGGAGCGACAAGGGACAAGAACGACUGAAGGAAUAUGUCAAGGCGCAAGAACUAUCACGCUCUGAUAUCCGUUACUACUCGAACGAGCGACUUCGCAAGAUCGAUGACAGGACUGACUACCUCCUGGAGAGAAGCAUGAUCAGCUCUGUCUUUAUAAACGAUCCUCAGGGAGGCUCUUCAACCCAGGGUCGUCAGGACACGGAUUUGGAGGAAAACCUCUCGAGGGCCUUUGUCAUCAAACCAAGGUGA